UGCAGAAAUAUUUCAUAACUCGGACAAAAUAGUAAACCUUUCCACACCAUCUGUGACACUACUGGGAAAGCAAAACACACAAGCCUAUUCUACAGCAGGCUACAACAGCAAUGGCUGUGCACAACGCAGGCAGUCAUCCUGUAAAUAUUUCCGAGCAGAAAACAUAACAGUGGAGCGAACACUCAAUUGUUUUCCCUGCUUAUCUCUCUGGGACAGUAUCCUGCUUUUUUGAAGGCAGGGCUUUCGGUGACACACAGCUUCCUUCUCAACCUUCUCAACAGUGGUGACUUCACUUCCCAAAUUUAGAGGAAAGAAAAAACUCAAUCCGGUAAAAGUGUCUCUUUCGCUCUGCCACAUACCGGGGGCUGGAAUUAAUUCAGGAGCGUGUCAUGUUUGGGAUAUUGUCGGAGUCCGCUGAAAAUUGCGCAAAAUGGACGGAACUAUUAAGGAGGCGCUAUCAGUGGUGAGUGAAGACCAGUCCCUAUUUGAGCCUCCAUACGCUGCUGCUGCCCCUCUCCCCAAGACAGACAUGACUGCAUCUGGCACACAGGACUACGGCCAGACCCACAAAAUCAACCCCUUACCCCCACAGCAGGAGUGGAUCAACCAGCCGGUGCGGGUCAACGUCAAGAGAGAAUAUGAGCACAUGAAUGGAUCCAGGGAGUCUCCAGUGGACUGCAGUGUGGGUAAAUGCAAUAAGCUUGUCGGGGGUAACGAAGCAUCUCAGAUGAACUAUGGAAACUACAUGGAUGAGAAGAAUGCCCCUCCCCCUAACAUGACCACCAAUGAACGGAGAGUCAUUGUACCUGCAGACCCCUCGUUGUGGUCACAGGAUCAUGUGCGCCAGUGGCUAGAGUGGGCCAUCAAGGAGUACGGCCUGGUGGAGAUCGACACGGCCAUGUUUCAGAACACAGAUGGCAAAGAGCUCUGCAAGAUGGGCAAGGACGACUUUCUUCGGCUUACCACCAUGUACAACGCCGAAGUGCUUCUCUCUCAUCUCAAUUACCUCAGGGAAAGUAGCUCAUCAUUAUCCUACAAUACGCCAUCUCACACAGACCCUUCCCCACGUCUGGCUGCCAAAGAGGACCCCUCAUAUGAUGCUGUACGGCGGACAGGCUGGUCAAACAACAUGCACAGUGUCAAAGGUUCACCCGUGGUUCCUCAGAAUGUGACCAAGUCCACUGAGCAGCCCAGACCUCAGCCAGAUCCUUACCAGAUUCUGGGCCCCACCAGUAGUCGCCUAGCCAAUCCUGGUUCAGGUCAGAUCCAGCUGUGGCAGUUCCUCCUGGAGCUCCUGUCUGACAGCGCCAACGCCGGCUGUAUCACCUGGGAGGGAACCAAUGGCGAGUUCAAGAUGACGGACCCUGAUGAGGUGGCGCGGCGCUGGGGCGAGCGCAAGAGCAAGCCCAACAUGAACUACGACAAGCUGAGCCGUGCGCUGCGCUACUACUACGACAAAAAUAUCAUGACCAAAGUGCACGGCAAGCGCUACGCCUACAAGUUCGACUUCCACGGCAUUGCUCAGGCGCUGCAGCCGCACCCCACCGAAUCCUCCAUGUACAAGUACCCCUCGGACCUAGCCUAUGUGCCUUCCUACCACGCCCACCAGCAGAAGGUCAACUUUGUAUCGCCACACCCUCAAUCCAUGCCCGUCACCACCUCCAAUUUCUUUGGACCCACCGCUCCCUACUGGAGCUCGCCCACUGCGGGCAUCUACCCCAACCCAAACGUUCCCCGCCACCCCAACACCCACGUGCCGUCCCACCUGGGUAGUUAUUAUUAAACCUUCCACUCUGACCAUCCAAUCCUUUCAAAAAUAAAGUCCACAAUUGCUGACCUGCACUCCCAAAUGACGCAGAACCAAUGAAGACUGACUUGAUCGAGGCGUCUGUCCUCUGAAGAAGUGAUGCUCCUAAAUGAAGGAUGAUGAAAAUUGAAGGAGAGUUUUUUUUUUUUUAUAUUUGUAAGAAAAUAUAAACAACUGGAUGCUAUGGUCCAAAAUGGAAUACUACUUACCCUUACCAGACUAGCAACUGUUUGUUUAUGCUUUUUGGAUGUGCGUCUAAGUUUCUUUCUCUUUCCUAAAGCUUUUACCUUUUAAAAAACCUCCCCAAAGCCAAAGCAGGACAGGAGAACAACUCGAGCCUGUCUCCCUCCGCGCCAAGCUACAGAACCAGACAUGGGCCUUUUAUUUAUGGGUCUCAAUCUACAUCCUCCUCAGUACAUUAUGCACGUUACGCUUUAAGCAUCUGCCUUUUCUGCUUGUCUAUGGCCUUGUUGGGGUUUCUUGUUCCCACCACAUCUAGCCUUCUGUUUCCACUGUCUCCGUCUGCUCGUCUGUCCAUCUGCAUCGUUUUAUGUGUGUGUGGAGAGUCUUCUGGAAUUCGCUGGACAAGGAGGAGCUCUCAAAGAGAUGGACUUUUCUCAGCACUGAAUGAAAUUUGGCAACUGGAAUAUGCCAUUCACAAAUUUAUUUAUCCUCCAAACUGGAAGGCUAGAGAAGAGUUAAACGCCAGAGAAGGAAGCGCUGUAUGUUUUGCUGACCUGGGUGAACUCACUUACUUUAAAAUCUUUCUGUGUGUUGUGUGCAGAGUUCAAAAUGGGCGACGAGUACAGUUGACUCGAGUGUGCUGCGGAAGCUGAGUCAAGAUUUAAUUGAAGUAAUUUGCAACAAUAAUUCAACCCAGGUCAGAUGUUUUCAGGGGGCCACACACUAGGCUUUUAAAUGUUUGCCAUGCUGUUAACCCUUCAGCCAUGCCAUUUCCAGAUGUUCUGUUGCUCGACCAUGUCAGUAUUAAUGUGAAUGUUUUCUGGUUUGUGAAACACACGUGAAAGGGAUCGCCUGCAGCAAAAUCAAAAUUUGUCAGAUGUUUUCAUUCUGUCUAAUGAAAAAGUCCUUAAUUGUAAACACCAUGUUUGCUGUACAUUUCUGUAUCCAAAACAUGAAAGUGCCUUUUUUUUUGGAGAUGUUGUCUAAACAAGUCUGUAUGUUGUUUGGAUUUUUUUUUUUUAUCCCAAGUGUCUUACCGUGAAUCCAGCUUUAGUACAUGGCAUAAUAAGAGACUUUAUCCUCACAGUGCCUUAACUGCUGUUUUAUACUAUAUAUUUUAUAUUCAUUAUACACAAUACAGCAUUCAAUCUUUUAAUGAAUAGUACGUUUCAUAAUGAUCUAUAUCCGUGUCUCACCAGAAAUCUGACAAUUUUUGAUUUUGAAGUGCACUCUGUCAAUAACGGCUGCCACAGUGUCUCCUUCCUCCAUAUGUCAGCUCAGAGGAGUGGCCUAGCGUUAUGUAAUGUUAGCAGACAGUUUAGGUUGCAUUUUACCAGGGCUGGAUCCUAGUUUGAGAGCAGCAUGUGUGUUUGAAUGUUAGUUUCUCACUGAUCUGAAGCCCAGCAAAAUGCACAUGAAUCUCAAGUCAGGAUUUCAUCAUCAUGUAAAAGUAUCAUGUCUAAAUACAUAUCCAUCUUCAGGUGUUCAAAGCUGUUAAUAGCCAAAGUAUUCCUUCAGAGUUACUGAAUAUGGACACUUGAAAAAAAAUUACUUGGGACUGAGUAGUUUAAGAACAAAAACCAAAAAGUAUGACGAGAUGAAACAAAGAAAUCCUCAGAUUCGCAAACGCUGUGCGUUUGUCAGACCUAUUUUUUAUUAUUUUAUAAGCAUCAGUCAACUAGGCAUUAAAGCAACUUACUGUAUAAAUUAUGCAGAGUUAUUUUCAUAUGUGACACAGUAUAAAAAGUCAAGAGAAUUAAUACGAGUUGACCUCGGUCAAAAAUGCAAACCUUUUAAGUCCAUUAAUGCUAAGUAGUUUGUUCAGCAUGUUAAACGUUUUAUAUCUGUACAUUUGGGCAAUACAUUGUAACAUUUUUGUUUUCUUGUUACUGUUAUUAUUUCUGAAAUUUGGUUGUAACAUAAGUAUCUUUAUGUGCACAAGAUAUUUUCGUGUAUUCCCAAUACCACAAAUGCCUUCUUGAAUCAUAAUCUAACAGCCUGGAACUUCUCUAUUCUACGUGAUUAUGAUGGAUGCACCAUUUUGAAUCACUUCUUAAGCCAAAUAGCUCUGGAAUUAAUAGCUUUUCAUUUAACUAAUUCAGGUAUUUUUAUGCAAAACAAUACAAAUAGUGUUACUAUCCACAACCAGCUUCUGAAAGUUUAUAGCUUUAAAAAAAAAAAAAAAAGGGAAAUUGUCAUUUGUAGCAUAAAGAAAUGGUUC